AUGGGUGCAAACACCUCGCUGCUCAAACUAUGCGGAGAGGUCUCCGAGUUCCUCGUGGACCUCUCUCCGACUUGUUCUACCGCCCCGCCGCGCUUUAUUCUGUAUCCUCCCGCACAGCGUCAAUUGGCGGUGUUGGCCGUGCCGGGCGCCGCGGAGUUCUCGGUCAAAUGUGUCCUGCCACCUGUCUCGUCGACAUCGGGCCCCGGCCAACAAAAUCCCAAGAUACACAUCCACUGCACGGCUUCUCACGACUCGGUCCUGUCCCGUGUCCCUGUUUCCGACCAGCCCGCUGUCGACCAGCAGCACCUUAGUUUCCGCGUUUCUCUGGAAACCAUCUUGGCCAAACCCGGUCUUCACACGGUCGAUGUCCAGGUGCAGGGCGUUUCACUUUUUACGCUGGCCGUUUGGGUGGACCAACAGCCACCGCAGCGGGCAGAAGGCACACGCUCGCCGGCUUCCACGCUGCCGUCCCGCUCUCCUUCCGCCACUUCUUCCAUUUCAGUAUCCAAUUCUCCUUCUCCAGGGAGCCAGCCGUCGUUGCAAUACCCUUUCCAGUCAGACGGCCCCCAAUUUCGCAGUUUCAUUUCCCACUGCGAAAACCUGAUCCCUACUAUUCGCCAAUCGCUCAAGUAUACCCAAGAAAAAUCUGUAAAAGUCGCAGAUUUCAUUUCUACCACCAGGACAGAAAUAGCUGGUCUAAUAUCCUGUGUCAUGGAACUUGACACUUUGUCGCAAACGUUACCGCACCAAUUCCACAACGUGCUUACCGCCUUGGUCUCCGCGUUGCGCACACAACUAGAAUCAUUUUCCCAUUUGCAAUCAAACCUGCAGCAGUACAUUAGCUCUUCUAUCACAGAUUAUCUUCACUUUCUCGACCCUAAGGUCCUCUCCACGCGUCGAAAACAAUACCACGAUCAAGCUAAGCUAUUUUACUCGUAUAUGGGUAAAAAUCUAUCAAAAGCUGACUCCACCAAGCUAGCAAAGAAAGUGCAAUUUGAGUUACAAAGGUUUGAUUAUUUUGUUUACCUUACAGAGCUGAUUGACGGUAGUCACGCGCGACAGUUCCUUUACGAGUUGUCUCAGUUUGCUAAUGUUGCCAGUAACAUGGACCUGAGUGCUCUUGUUAAGCAGACUCUAGUCUACCAGAAGAACCACAAAUCGUCCAAAAAAAAUCUCAAUUCCAUCAGGGCUCGAAUUUCCAAUUCCAAGAGCUUCUCAAACUUUUCAAAUCAAGUGACCGCCACCACGCACAGGGUUCACAGAGAGGGUAUUUUGUGGACAUAUAAGGGGCACGGUAAAUCUUCUGGCUGGCACAAGCAGUGGGUGGUGCUUAAAGGCUCCAUACUUUCGGAAUAUUCGGAUUGGAAGACUCAGGGAAAAAAGUUAUCGCAUUCCCCUCUGAAACUGACAUUUGCGUGCAUUAGAAGGCAAGACUCCGGGAAUGACACAGGGUUUGAAAUCAUCACGACAGGUGGCACAACACGUGCAUUCAGGGCAGAAAGUAAAAGUGAGUUAGAUCAAUGGUUGCAAGCCCUGCAAAUCGCCGUUGGGACCGAAUCAAACCCUGUCGAUGAUGAGCCCUCUUCUGCUUCGAGUAAUAAGACGAACGCUGCCGAGGUCGUUUUUAGCGUCGACAAGUCCAACUCCACGUGCUGCGACUGCGGUGCCACUAGUCAGGUCGAGUGGAUCAGCAUAAACUUGUUGUGUGUCGUUUGCAUUAAUUGUUCGGCAGCCCAUAGAUCCCUUGGUGCGCACGUUUCCAAAAUUCGAUCUCUAAAAUUGGACUCUUUCACUUCCAAUGAGGUCCUUGAACUAAUGAAGUUCGUUUGCAACAACAAUGUGAACUCCAUCUAUGAAGCUGAAUUACCUGAGAAACUACUGGAACCUCUAUCUUCAAAUGACUUACGUGCUACAUUCAUCACCGACAAGUAUGGCAAGAAAAAAUAUGUGACUCCUCUCGAGGAAAAAGACACUGAAGGAAUCCAAAAGCGCUUAACCCACAACCUCAUUAAAUCCAUACACUUGAACAGCAUUUACCUCUUACAGCAAUGUAUCGCCCAAGGUGUAGAUCUCAACCAAACUCCCCUUGAGCAGGGAGAAGGUGUUUUCCAAUACUCUUUGAAACAUUAUGAAGGUACGCGAACACAUCCAGUUUUCUUCAUCACUGAGUUUUUAUUGCUAAACGGUCUGCAGGUGAAAGGGUUGCCCCAAGAUCCCUCUACUUUAACAAAACCAGAACUGGAGUACUGGGACGCAAAAGCAGAAACAAAUGGGGUGUAUAAUUUAGGAGCAAUCAGCAGAAGCGCUACCAUCAGCAAUGUGAAACGUCCCGAAUUGACCCAUAUAGACACAUCUGGGGUUCAUAAACUUUCUCAAAAAUCCUCAUCCACCCCAGAGCGCUCGGAGAAUAGCUCCAAGCGUUGGAGCAUCGGAGGACCAAUGCCAUCAUCGACCUCAGCAUCAAAUAUCACUGCGAACUCAAAAAAUCGAGGGAUUCGAUUCCCGAAAGUUCAUGGAGGAAAGACAUAG